GACCACAUUAAAAACUUCUCACACCAUAUUCAGACAACAUUCUCAACAAAAACCAACCGCCGUGGAUUCUCUUUUCAAGGUCUAGGAUUCUUUUUAUUUUUUAAGCAAAAUUUUAUCUUUGUUUUUGCUCUAUUUCUUUCUUUAUUCUGUUCGUUUUCUUUUGAAUAUAUUUCAUUAUAAGAAAAUGGAUAUUUGUCUGGUGUGUUAGAUCACCUACCAUUAACUACUCUUCUUUAAUCUAUCUCUUUCUCAUUAAUUCCUUUUUGUUUUUUUUUUUGGGGAAAAAGAAAAGUCGGGCCAAAUUUACACUUUCCGUAAUUUGGAGUAAAUUUUUGGUGAAGAAUCGAUCUAAUUCAUGAAAUAUAUGGAAAAUUCGAUUUUGUCCAUGCUGGGUUAAAUUUUGAGGUGAUUGUAUCCAUUUCUGAUACUGGUUCUUUAGCAUUCAGUGCAUUUGAUCCACUUUUGUGGUUUUUAUUUGCAAUGUUGUUGUUUGCGAGUCUAAAUGACCGAAAAUGGUUUAGUUUGUAGCGGGCAUUUGCUAUCGAUAUCAGAAGAUGCAUGGAUUUAAUUGAAUUGGGUUAGAUUUAGGGGUUUGAUUCAGUUUUCUGCAUUUUUUUGGCCUUUUCACUUGGAUUUGGCGGCCAUUUCUGGGGUUUUUAUUUCGAUUUAUCAAACUUCACGUGACUGGUUGAAUUCGAGAAAGUUUCUCGACUAUUUGUACAGAUUCAAGGAAUGAAUUUGAGGGUUUCAUUAUGAGACAAUCUAGGGCUUUUCCACUGGUUUCAGGCCCAUUAUACGUGAUUCUUAUCCUGACUAUCAGUGUUCUUGGAUUUGGAUCGUUCUUCAAAUCUUUCUCAGAGAGAGAAUUCUCAGUUGUAAGACCAGAUGUUGAGCUUUUCCUUGAUGGUAUAUUGAAAGGGCCUGGUCAUCCCCCUGUGUUUGCUUAUUGGAUUUACGGAACUCGUGGCGAAGGUGCUAAGAUCAUGAGACUUUUGAAAGCAGUUUAUCACCCAAGGAACCAAUAUCUUCUUCAUCUCGAUGCAAUUUCUUCAGAUGAAGAGAGGACUAAGUUGGCUCAUUCGGUUCGUUCAGUCAAGGUUUUUAGGGUUUUUGGGAACGUAAAUGUCAUAGGAAAAGCUGACGCUUCUGAUCGAAUGGGUUCUUCUUCGUUGGCUGCUGCCCUUCAUGCUGCUGCUGUUUUGUUGAAGAUUAAUGGGGAUUGGGAUUGGUUCGUUACAUUGAGUUCUUCGGAUUAUCCAAUUGUUACUCAAGAUGAUCUACUUGAUGUUUUCUCCCACGUGCCGAGGAAUCUUAACUUCAUAGAUCACACAAGUGAUGUGGGAUGGAAAUUGUAUCAGAGGGUUCAACCUAUUGUUGUGGAUCCAGGGAUUUACUUGGCCAGGAGAACCAGAAUAUUUUAUGCUUCUCAGACUCGGCCAGCACCAAAUUCUUUCAAAUUUUUCACAGGUUCUCCGUGGGUUAUUUUGAGUAGAUCUUUUAUGGAAUACUGUGUUACUGGAUAUGACAACCUACCUAGAAGAGUUCUAAUGUACUUCACCAAUGUUCUCCUCCCAUUAGAAGCUUAUUUCCAUACGGUUCUCUGCAACUCACCUCAAUUCCAGAACACCACAGUGAAUACUGACUUGAGGUUCUUAGUAUGGGACACCCCUCCAAAAUCAGAUCCAAAUUUCCUUAAUCUAACUCACUUCGAGGAUAUGACAAAUAGCGGGGCUGCAUUUGCAAGGAGGUUUCAAGAGGAUGAUCCUAUCCUGAACAAAAUUGAUAGUGAGAUUUUGAAGCGACCACGAAAUGGAGUGGUCCCUGGAAAGUGGUGUUCGGAGGAUAGGGUGGAUGUUAAUAUUGUGGAGCCAGGACCCUUUGCCGUGAAGCUCAGUAAGCUGAUCUCAAAGAUGGUUGCAAAGGAGAAUAUCAGGUCGACACAAUGUAAAUUUUAGAGAGAGAGAAGUGAAGGUGGGUUGUUAAUAGGAAGUGAAAGGUGGGUUGUUAAUUGGAUCAAAUGCUAGCUCCAGCUGCUUUGGCAAUCGGAUAAGCUCGAAUAAAUCAAAUAAUUGUUUGAUAUUCUUUGAACUGGUUGAGGGGUCACACGGGUGAUUAAUUUGAUGGUGGUAUACUGCUAAAGAGCACGAGAAGCUGGCAUGGUUUUCCCGGUUCUUUUUUUCGGGUUUCUUCCUUGGCAACCCAUUGAUCUCGAUGUUUUUUUGGAAUUUUGAAGUUCCUCUGCUAUAGGAGGCAUAAUGAACUGAUGAAUGAUGUUGAGGAUUACUAACUUAUUGAAUGUCACAUGGCCCAAAUUUUGUACUAUUUUAUUUCCUUACUAAUAAUAUUUUGUGGUCUGUUUGAUACGUA